AUGUUGGGCGCCGAAGACGAAGAAGAACAUUACUAUGAAGUCUUCUACGACGAAGAAGAAGAACAACUUGAAGCAGAACUUGAAGCAAGACUUGAAGCAGAAUUUGAAGAAGAACAUGAAGAAGAACAAGAGGAAGAAGAGGAAGAAGAGGAGGAACAGGAACAGGAACAGGAAGAGGAAUGGGAAUGGGAAUGGGAGGAAGCUGAACAAGUCCUCAGUCCGCAACAGCGUGAACAACGCGAUAGGCACUGGGCCAACUUAACCGAAGUCAGCAAUAUUCUGCAAAACAUCGAAACAAUCGCUAUUCCCCCACUUGAGGGUGGGGGGCAUAUAAGCCUGGCUCUUCAAGUCGUACGCCCGGACCCGACUAUCCAGGAUGAAGACCGCGCCCUCAGGGCAACACUGACUCGUCUCUGGAAUCAAAGCCAUUAUCUCAAUGAGCUUCUGUGUAUCAACUUCGAACGCCAGCAGGAGGAGAGGCAAAGGGAAAUACUGCGCGCUGAAAGGGACAGGAUCUUACUGCACGUUGAGAUGAUGCAAUUUACCGCCAAUUUCCGGAGGAUGUAG